CUCUUCUUCUCUAUUUUUAUAAUUUUUUUUGGCCUUUUUUGUUUGUUUGGGGGUCACUCUUCUUUCAAGCCAUUGGCCAGGAAAAAUGGGAGUGGUAGGGUUUGUGCUAAUGGCUCUAACCAUGGUAUGGAAAGGUGUGAACUGUUACAGCAGUGGAUGGACCGACGCUCGAGCAACAUUUUAUGGAGGCGGUGAUGCUUCAGGCACAAUGGGGGGUGCAUGUGGGUACAGCAACUUGUACAGCCAAGGCUAUGGCACGAACACGGCGGCAAUGAGCACGGCUCUGUUCAACGGCGGCCUGAGCUGCGGUGCCUGUUUCCAGAUCCGUUGUGUAAACGACCCGAAAUGGUGCCUGAGCGGAACCAUCACUGUGACCGGUACCAAUUUCUGCCCACCAAACCUGGCUCUACCCAACAAUGGUGGUGGAUGGUGCAACCCUCCUCAGCACCAUUUCGAUCUCUCUCAGCCCGUCUUCCUCCGUAUCGCCAAAUACAAAGCCGGUGUCGUCCCUGUCCAGUACCGGAGGUUGUCUUGUAGGAGAAAGGGAGGGAUAAGGUUCACUAUAAAUGGUCACUCAUACUUCAACCUUGUGCUCAUAACCAACGUGGGAGGAGCCGGAGAUGUAGUGGUUGCUUCCGUCAAAGGAACCAAGACCGGGUGGCAGAGCAUGUCCCGGAACUGGGGCCAGAACUGGCAGAGCAACUCUUACCUCGACGGUCAAGCCCUCUCUUUCAAGGUCACCACUAGUGAUGGCAAAACCAUUGUCUCCAACAAUGUUGCUCCUCCGAACUGGAGUUUCGGCCAAACCUACUCCGGAAGACAGUUCCGUCCUUAAAGCUAGCUUCUCGCUGAUUGGAUUCAUCUACAUAACCCUAUAAUACAAUCAAAAGAAAAACUAUGAUAACCUUUCUAACUACGGCAAAAGGCCUAAUGUUGUUUUCUCAAGGGCUUGUUUUCGUUUUUUUUGCUUCCGACUGCUUUUGUAAUGAGCCGGGGCUGUGAUGGGUCUAAGUAAAAAGGGGCAAUCUGAGCGCAUCGUCUGCGUGUUGGGUUGUUUCAGGCAGUGAUGAACCAAAUGGGUGAAAAAGAGGGGUUUUUUGUGUUCACCCGCCCACUAAUCCUUGUUUGGUUUUGUGUCUUCCUCUGUUUCUGUAUUUUGCUAAACUGAAAUAAAAAAGAGAAUCAGAUCUUCUUUUGUUA